GGCUCAUGCAUGAUUCUUAGGUUACAUUGGUUAGCUGUAGAUAAGAAUAUAAAAAUUAUCUGUAACUACAACACAGUUCGCAUAAUAACUAUAGUAACAUGAAUGUUUAAUCAAUGAAGACUGUGUUGAAUAGAACUGGGUAGUUAAAAUACUAACAUCGGAAAAUAUAUAAUACUCGUUCGUGUAUCUUUUAGUAUUUCCUUGAAUAUUCGUUUCAUAGUGUGAAAAUCUAAAAACUAUAAAACAAUAAUUUACCUACAUUUAAACUUUUACGUAAUUGUGUUAACACGAAGAGCAAUUCUAUGUUUUAACAAACACAAAAAAAAUAUAAAACAUUGGUGACGAGUAUUAACAAAUUAAAAACAAAUUACCAUGGAAACUAGAUAUAUUCUUUCGAAAUUAAGCUCCAAGACUUCUGAAGCUAGCGAUGAUAGUUUUGAAUCUGCUGAUAAUAAUAUAUUAGCGAAAAUUAAACGAUUGCAGAUUGAAGAAAAUUACAUUUGUCAGUCUAUGCGUAAAACAAUUAAGAAUAGUGGUAUUUGCUUAGAAAAUGUUUUUAGUAAUGAUUCGGAUUAUCACAAGUUUAAAACAAAAAUUAAAGACUCUUAUAUGAGCGUGAAAAACUUAUUUGACUAUGUAAAUGCGAACAUCUCGGAUCAAGCUGCCCUAAAGUCUGUUGAUGUUGACGAAAUAAAAAUGGCUAUUUUAGAACUAGAAGAUAAAAUAAAAUCAUUAAAAAAGUAUUUGCACUCAGAAUUAAUAAACUUAAAACGUACCGAGGAAGAACUCAUACGUAAUAAUGAAAAUUCAUACAAUAAGAUAACAGGCCGACAAAAAAUACAUUCUGUGACAUACAACCACAUAGUUCCUAGUCCGGUAAAGGAAAUGAUCAAUUCUUCAUUCAAGUGUUCGGAAGUUCAAGAAUUCCAAGAGUUCAUGACCAAUAGUGAAAAUCGAUACGGGGGAUGGAAUGAAUAUUACCAUAAUAUAUUUGUCAGAUCAUGGAACAAAUACAUUCAAGUAAACUGUAAUAUUAAUUUAGAAAGUUAUAAGACAAAUGUAAUAGACUCUGACUCAUUUCAAUUACUAAUUAACGAGCUUCUUCAAAGAUUACCAGGUUUCACAAAAGAAAACCUAUUAUUACACUGCAAAUGGUACAUAAAAUAUACUUACUUAAAAGAGCGUCAAAGCCUUGCUAUAGAAAAAUGGAGGGAAAAGAAACUUUUAAUAAAAAAGAAAACCAUUGAGAGGAAGGAGAAAAAUACUGCGCAAGAAAUCACUAAAUAUCAGAGUAACAGUAAUAGUGCCGAAAAUACGACUAAUUUAUCUUCAAGUCGACAUUGGCGGAUUCCCAACUGGAGGUCAGGCUUACAAGAAUUAUAACUUCGAUAAUAAAAUAUUGUUACUGUAUUAAGUAUUUGUUUACAUUUUAAAUCUGAUCGGCUAAAAUAUCUGAAUUGCUAUUAAAAUCUUCAUUUUAGUUAAGAAUAAGCAAUAGAACUAUAAUUUAUUUUUAUUGCCUAGUUAAGUUUAGGCAUCGAUCAAUUUUCAUUCCCUUGUACCCGAGAUUUAUACCCUGUUUUACAGUUUAUAAGUAGUUGCGUGUAAAAUUAUUAUAAGUAUAUCAUAUAUUUUUCAUCUUUAUGUAUAAUUUAAGAAAAGCUUAAAACCAUAAAAUAAUCUUUUCAUGUAGCAUAGGUAGAAAUAUAAUUCUGUCUUACUAUAUGGGUAAGAUACAUUGAAUAAAAUAUUGAUAUUUUUCGUAUUGCGAUUUAGAAAUUAGAACAUCAACAAUUAUAUUUUACAAUUAAGUAAGGCAUGGGUACCUAAUAAUAUAUCAUAAAGUUUAUCUAGCACCUAAUUGUAAAACCUUCACCCACCAGUAUCUACGUUACUACUUUUUUUUUUUUUUUUUUUUUUAUGGCUACAAGCACUGUGUUGCUGUGCUACGCCAAUGUCAAUAAAGCUAGGGAAACAUAUUACAGGAAGGAAAUUGGUUUCGGAAUUAGGAUUAAGUCAGGAAAGUUAGUCAAGAUAUAAUAUAUUAAUAAUAAUAAUAUUCGCCAAUACAAUAUAUUAAUAAGAAUAUACAAACUAUAUUUUUAUGUUAUUAUGUACAAUAUAUGAGGAAAUAGCUUUAUAAAUAUUUACAUUAAAUAAGAGGAGGGAAGAAAUACAACAAGGAAAAGGAACACCAAAGGAAAUGAGUUGACUUAUAAAAUGAGCAUUAUCAUAAAGCGGACAAGCGAAGAAGAUAUGAUUGAGGUCACCCUCCUCUUCACCGCAUUCACAAGUUCUACUAGCAAUAAUACCAAGUCUAGCCAGGUGAGCUGGCGAACACACAUGACCCAAGCGCAUUCUCAUGAUUAUACUAGUACAUCGCUUACCAAGUUUCAAUUUACAAAACCAUGGUUUCUCCGGUAUACCCAAUUG